GGGAGUUACAACCGUCCAAGUGGGAAGUUUCGAGCCUGUUCCCUCUGCUUCUCCUCCUCUUGCCCUCCCCGCGCACUCGCCCAUCUUGAUUCACUCUCCGCGGUCGCAAUCGCCAGAACCAGCGAGAUGCCGAAGAAGUUGGGAACGAACACGAAGGCGGAAGCAGCCCGUGCUCGGAAGGGCGCGGCGGAGGCGGAGAAGAAGGAGCGCGAGUCCCGGGAACGGGAGGAGCGCUACUGGAAUGAGGCGGAGGGUCCGAAGUCUCGUGCUGCCAAGAAACGGGAGGAGGAGUUGGAGAAGCGCGCUGAGAUUGCCGCUCGACGAGCUGAGAAUCGCAAGCUCGCCGAGCAGGAGCUCCUCGAUCUGGAGAAGGCCAGUCGCAAGCCCGACCCUAAGGCUAACCGAGUCGCCGCCCCUGUACCUAAGGUAACCGAGGCCGAGUUAUCUCGCCUUCGAGAGGAAGAGCGUCUCCGUCUUCUACGAGAGGCCGAGGCUGCUAAGAAGCGCCAGAGCCGAACCGCGGACGAGGAAGAGUACGAGAGGAUGGUGCUCAUCAGCAACACCAACAGGGACGAUUCAGUCAUCGAAGCGCACUCCGUAGAUGAGGCGAUUGCGAAGAUGGUUGUCACCGACGCAACGCUACCACCGGAUCGCCAUCCAGAAAGGCGGCUCAAGGCUUCGUUUAAGGCAUUUGAAGAAGCUGAGCUUGCUAGGCUGAAGGAAGAGAAACCAGGUUUGACCCUGACACAGUACAGGGAUAUGGUAUGGAAACUAUGGAAGAAGUCCCCUGACAAUCCCCUUAAUCAACAGGCUUCUGAGUAAUGGUUAGGCUGCAACCAAUGUACCAUAAGGUCCUUGGAUGAUUUUGGUGUUUCCGAAUAAGUAAAAGGAAAAGACUCUCAUUGUUUUAUGUACCUUUGUAAUAAGUUGUUGCUUGCUGUUCAUCUUAUGAUAAAUGUGUUCGGUAAUUGUGGAAUUGAUUCAACAACUAUUAUGUAAUGAGUCAUGAUUAUCUGGUGAAUUGGCUGUAAGAAGAAGUGCAAACUGUGCAUGCACUUUAAUGAACAUUUGACAUUUCAUUAUGAUUAUGUUCUUUAUGGAAGUUGUUUUGCUACAAUUAAGGCUUUGUUUGAGAAAGAUUUUUUACUGUUUU